AUGACCGAGUCCUCUGUUUUCCGCUACUUCUGGCUUUUUGGACUAGUGAACAACGUUUUAUAUGUCGUCAUUUUAUCUGCCGCCGCUGAUAUCGUUGGGCCAGGUCUGCCCAAAGCCUUGGUACUGUUGGUAGACAUCUUGCCAGCUUUCUUCAUAAAAAUCACGGCUCCUUUUUAUAUUCACAAAAUCGCUCAUGCCCAUAGAAUCCUCGGUCUCAUUGUGCUCAGUUGUGUGGGCAUGGUCUUGGUAGCGCGCAGAACCCUCGGUGUGUGCAUCGUGGGAAUCAUUUUGGCUUCGUUCUCUUCCGGACUUGGAGAACUGACGUUUCUGCAACUGACGCAUUGCCACAAGCAACCCAGUUUGAAUGGCUGGAGCUCUGGGACUGGCGGUGCGGGCCUUUUCGGAAGCGGUGCUUAUCUGGUUCUUACGUCGAUCCUCAAGAUUCCUGUCAGCCAGGCCCUGGUUUUGUUUAGCGUCAUGCCCUUUGCAUUCCUGCUCUAUUUCAAGCUUGACAAAGGGGAUUAUGACUCUUUAGAUUGUGACCACAUAGAGCAGGGCGGAGUCCUUGAACACUCCUCGGCUUCUACCAUUGAGCCAAUAAUGAAGUCGCAAUGGGUCUUAAUGAGAGAUCACGUCAGUAGCACUUUCUCAAGAUUGAGGGGCCUAGUUGUUCCCUAUAUGUUGCCACUUUCUACCGUGUACUUCUUUGAGUAUCUGAUCAAUCAGGGAGUGUUGCCCACCCUCUUGUUCCCAUUGGAUGAAUCGGUUCGCCACCCUUUCUUCUUCCACAAGUACCGAGACAUAUACGUCACUUAUGGAACUUUGUAUCAGCUUGGGGUAUUCAUUUCGCGGUCUAGUGGAUCUUUGUUCCGGAUCAAGAAACUUUACAUGCUUUCCAUUUUACAAGGAGUGAACUUGGUCAUCGUUCUUUUUCAGUCCUGGUUUUACGUCGUACAUUCAGUCUAUCCAAUCAUGCUUCUAGUAUUAUUCGAAGGCCUUUUGGGCGGCGCAUCGUAUGUUCAUACUUUUAUGAAUAUCAUCCAUGAAAUCGACCCGUCUGAAAGAGAGUUUUCCUUGGGGGCUGUUUCAAUGUCUGACUCUUUCGGUACGCUGCUGGCGGCAUUUGCCGGUAUUGCUUUAGAACCAAGGUUAUGUUCUCAUCAGGUCGGAAGUGGAAGACCGUGGUGUUUAAAGGAGUAG